CUGCGGUUUUCUGCUUUGAAUCUUUUUUUGGAAUUCGUAACAUCACGUGAAUGUCGUAAAAAAUUCGAUUUUAGAAUUUAAACCGUUCAAUCGUAUUCUAAAAGAAUAAAGAUAGACACAAAAACAGAAAAUUAAAAUAUAUUCGAAUAUCGAAUGUCUGGGUACAAAGUUUCGGCAACUGAAAAAAGAUGAGUUCGAUUAGCUCUAAUUGUCCUUUUGCUUCUCUGUAUGUUGGUGAUUUGCAUCCCGAUGAAACCGAAGUUACGCUUUUUGAAAAAUUUUCUACCGCAGGACCAAUUCUUUCCAUCAAAGUAUGUAGAGAUCUGAUUACAAGAAAAUCUUUGGGUUAUGCGUAUGUUAAUUUUCAAAAUCCUCAAGAUGCAGAAAGAGCCUUAGAUACUAUGAACUUUGAUCUAAUUAAAGGAAAACCAAUCCGUAUAAUGUGGUUACAGAGAGAUCCAUCGCUUAGAAAAUCUGGCGUUGGAAAUAUUUUCAUCAAGAAUUUAGACAAGAGCAUCGACAACAAAGCUAUGUAUAAUACAUUUUCUGCUUUCGGAAAUAUCUUGUCGUGUAAAGUGGUUACGGACGAAGAAGGUAACUCGAAAGGUUACGGUUUUGUGCAUUUUGAAACUGAAGAAGCAGCUAAUAAUGCCAUUGCUAAGGUAAAUGGCAUGCUGUUGAACGGUAGAAAAGUUUAUGUAGGUAAAUUCAUUCCUCGCAGAGAACGUGAGAAAAUGCUCGGAGACAAAGCACACCGAUUCACGAAUGUUUACAUUAAAAAUUUUGGUGACGAACUGGAUGAUAAUAAACUGAGAGAAAUGUUCGAGAAAUACGGUCCUACCAUCAGUGCUAAAGUCAUGGUCGAUAAAAGCGGCAAGUCAAAGGGUUUUGGAUUUGUUAAUUUUCAAGAUUCCGAAAACGCUAAAAAAGCGGUAGAAGAGUUAAAUAAUAAAGAAUUUGGUGGAAGACAACUUUAUGUUGGUAGAGCACAGAAAAAAGCCGAAAGACAAACGGAAUUAAAACGAAAAUUUGAGCAGUUAAAAUGGGAACGAAUGAGCCGUUAUCAUGGUGUUAAUUUAUACAUUAAAAAUUUAGAAGAUCCCAUCGAUGAAAAACGCCUCAGAAAAGAAUUCUCGUCUUUUGGUAACAUCACAAGUGCUAAAAUCAUGACGGAUGCUCAUGGAAAUUCUCGUGGAUUUGGUUUUGUUUGUUUCAGUUCUCAUGAAGAAGCAUCCAAAGCAAUAAAUGAAAUGAACGGAAAAAUUGUGAUUUCUAAACCACUUUACGUUGCUCUAGCCCAAAGAAAAAAAGAACGUAAAGCUUAUCUUGCUUCACAAUACAUGCAAAGAAUGGCUAGAAUGUACGAGCAACCGCAUUUCAACCAAAUGUUUCAACCAGGAGGAGGCGAUUAUUUUGUACCGACAAUGCCCGAAGUACCAGGAAGUUGUUUUCCAACCCAAAUUUCACAGAUGCGAUCUACAUCAAACUGGAUAAUGCAGUCACCGCUGACACUAAGUGAUCAACCCAUCGGUGGUUUCUCAUCAAUGCAAUCUGCACAGUUCGCUUCUCCAACUCUGCAUUCAACAGUCACAGCAACCAAAACCCAACAUAUUAAAACUAAUAUGAAUGUAAGAUCCAUCACUAGACAACAGACCAGAACAGAAUCGAGAAGAGUUGCAUCUCUGGAGCCAACCCGGGUAGCCUAUUCCAUGGCCAUACCAAACGCCAAUGUUGUGCAGCCUUAUCCUCCCCCAUAUAUAGCUAACGUGUGUAAUUCUCCGUCGUCUACCGUUCAACCAUCAAUUAUUGAACAAGCUGCAAGUUAUAUCCAAGAACAGAAACCUCUGACCACUAUGUUUGUUGAUUCCAAUUCGCAAGAACAGAAGCAAAUAUUAGGAGAACGCUUGUUUCCUCUCAUUCAUUGCUGGUAUCCAGAUUUAGUCGGAAAGAUAACCGGAAUGUUAUUAGGAAUUGAUAAUUACGAGCUAUUGCAUAUGCUUGAGAACCACGAUGCCUUGAAGGCGAAGGUAGACGAAGCAGUCCGUAUUCUCCAGGCUCAUGACAAUGAAGCCGCAUUUAAGAAAGAAUAAAAGAAAAAACAUUUUUCUAAAUGUAAUUUCUUGUUUUGAAUCUUAUUACCAUAAAAUCUUUAUUACAUAUGAGCUGUUCAAAGCAUAGUUUUUAGUUUCAUAUUAUAUAUUAACUUUAAUAUUUUCUUUCAAAAAACAAUAUGAAUGUAAAAAUUUUAAAAUUUAUAAAAAUUUUUAAAAUUUUCUGUAAAUAUGAUACAAUAAUAAA